AUGGCCGAUAUAAUCGGAGGUUUCUUCAAGGCCGCGAGCUCAGUCUCGAGUAUCGCCAGCGCUGCUCCCUCAGACGACGACUUUGCCGAGUUCGCUUCACCAUCUCCAGCGACACCAUCUCCCGUCGCCGAGUCCGCUGCCUCAAUCUCCCCCCUCUCAUUUGCAUCUAGCAGCACACCCUUCGGCACACCCGGCUUACCUACCAGCCAGUGGUACGAAGUCUGGGAGCGCCACUCGCUCUCCGAGUUCCAAGCCGAAGGCUGGGUUCUCCUCCUGCUCUGUAUCGUCGUCGGCCUGCAUAUCUGGGGUUCCCGCCGCAACAAAGCGAUCGCAGCCGGCUUCCUCGCCUCCAUCGCGCCCGUCCUCACCAAAGAAUUCGCUCAAGUAGGCUUCACGAAGCCCGCGUCGGACCUGCAAGAGUUUGCCGUCGAAGACGCGGUCAAGGAUGUCUCGCACCAGGAAUUCGUCUCGUACGCUACCGGGCGUAACAACAUCGCGUUCAUGCACACGGCCAUCAAGCUGCAGCGCCGGAACAAUCCCAUCUCGUGGUUGAUCGAGCUCAUCGUCUCGUUUUUUUUCGAUCAGGUGCCCAUGCCGAAAGAUACCAUCACCAUGAUCAUCCAGCCGUUCGACGGCGCUGAGCCCACCAAGAUCCAGGGAAACUCCAAGUAUGAUAACUUUGUCUGGGCUCUCGUCAAUAAGCGCCAGAUGAGGCGCUGGCGCGAGGAGCGCUACGAUCUCUCCCUCACCCGCACGAGUGACUGGGAGGGUCUGCCCGAGUGGUUGGCCGUCAUGGGCGAGAGCAAGGAGAUUGGUGAUAUGUGUCUGUACAAGGAACUCAAGGAGGUCGUUAAGGAGUGCCAGAGCUUCUUGGAGCUGUUGCUCGUUACCGACUUGCCCAAGGAGAAGCCCACCACGCUGUCGGAAUUGACCGCGCGCAAGCGCAUCACGCUUGAGAUCACCCUGCCUUCGUCCUCCACCGACCCCGAGCUGCUCCAGCGUCUAGUCAGCGCGUUCAUCCGUCUCACCGACCACCUCGCAGCGAACGCCCACUUCCGUCCCGAGGUGCUGCGCAAAGUCAAGGCCACCCGCGAAGACGAGACCCGCAAGCUCAAGCGCGCGAUCGAGGAAGACACCAAGGAAGAGCGCGAGUUCAAGCUUGCCGAGAAGAAGAAGGCAGACCGCGACGCCAAGCUGCGCAACAUGAGUGCGGCCGAGCAGAAGAAGUUCCUCGAGAAGGAGCGCCAGAAGGAGAACAAGGACGCCAUGAAGAAGCAGAGUCGUAAGGCAUAG